AAACCCUCAAAAGAACCAGAAACUUCUACCACCUCAUUAAGCGGCUCAAAACAGUUCUCACUUCUCUGUGAAAAGAGGGUCCAAAACAAAAACCCUAAAACCCUAAACAAAAUUCAUCAAAAUCUCUCUCAGUAGUUCUUCUGAAAUCAUCUUCUAUUGUUAAUGGCGACUUCGAUUCUUCUUAGAUCAGCUCGAUCUGCUCUUAAAUCUACUGAUUUGGCUUCCAGAUGUAUGCCUGCAACUGGUGCAACAGCAUGGACUGCUGCUUCACCAUUGAGUAAGAGAUUGGGGAAUAUAGCUAGAUUAUUCAGCUCUAAAGCUAUUGGUGAUGAUGUUAUUGGUAUUGAUCUUGGAACCACCAACUCAUGUGUGGCAGUGAUGGAGGGGAAGACCGCUAAAGUGAUUGAAAACUCUGAGGGAGCACGGACCACACCUUCCGUUGUUGCCUUCAGCAAUAAGGGAGAAUUGCUUGUGGGGGUUCCAGCCAAGCGGCAGGCAGUGACCAACCCAACCAACACCGUCUUUGGUACAAAGCGUCUGAUUGGUAGACUUUAUGAUGACCCCCAGACACAGAAAGAGAUGAAAAUGGUGCCCUACAAGAUUGUUAAGGCUCCAAAUGGUGAUGCGUGGGUUGAGGCUAAUGGCAAGACGUACUCUCCCAGUCAAAUUGGUGCUUUUGUACUUACUAAGAUGAAGGAGACCGCUGAGGCCUAUCUUAACAAGGGCGUCUCCAAAGCUGUAAUUACAGUUCCUGCUUACUUCAAUGAUGCACAGAGACAAGCUACAAAGGAUGCAGGGCGAAUUGCUGGUUUAGAUGUCCUGAGAAUCAUCAAUGAGCCAACUGCAGCUGCUCUUUCUUAUGGGCUGAACAAUAAGGAGGGACUCAUAGCAGUCUUUGAUCUUGGUGGUGGAACCUUCGAUGUGUCUAUCCUUGAGAUUUCCAACGGUGUUUUUGAGGUAAAAGCUACCAAUGGUGAUACAUUCUUGGGUGGAGAGGAUUUUGACAACACUCUGUUGGAGUUCUUGGUCAGUGAGUUCAAGAGGACUGACUCAAUUGAUUUGUCAAAGGAUAGAUUGGCUCUCCAGAGGCUUAGAGAGGCAGCUGAGAAAGCUAAGAUUGAACUGUCAUCUACCUCCCAGACUGAAAUCAACUUGCCUUUCAUCACAGCUGAUGCUUCAGGAGCUAAGCACUUGAACAUCACAAUGACUAGGUCCAAGAUGGAGUCCCUGGUGAAUCAUUUGAUUGAAAGAACCAAGAACCCAUGCAGGAGCUGUUUGAAGGAUGCUGGUGUGUCGGUCAAAGACAUUGAUGAGGUUCUUCUUGUCGGAGGAAUGACAAGGGUUCCUAAAGUUCAAGAAGUAGUGUCUGAGAUCUUUGGCAAGAGCCCAAGCAAAGGUGUGAAUCCUGACGAAGCUGUUGCCAUGGGUGCUGCUAUCCAGGGCGGUAUCUUACGUGGUGAUGUGAAGGAACUUCUAUUGUUGGAUGUCACUCCCCUGUCUCUUGGUAUUGAAACUCUUGGUGGCAUCUUUACUAGGUUGAUUAACAGAAACACAACCAUUCCAACUAAGAAGAGCCAGGUGUUCUCUACAGCAGCUGACAAUCAGACUCAGGUUGGUGUACGUGUGUUGCAAGGUGAACGUGAGAUGGCUUCUGACAACAAGUUACUAGGGGACUUUGAACUUACGGGUAUCCCCCCUGCACCCAGAGGGUUGCCCCAGAUUGAAGUCACUUUUGACAUUGAUGCCAAUGGUAUUGUAACUGUAUCUGCCAAGGACAAACAAUCUGGUAAAGAGCAGCAGAUUACCAUCAAAUCAUCUGGAGGUCUUUCUGAGAGUGAAAUUCGGAAGAUGGUUGAUGAGGCAGAAUUACAUGCUCAAAAGGAUCAGGAGAGGAAGGCCUUGAUAGACAUGAAGAACAGUGCAGAUACCAGUCUCUACAGCAUGGACAAGAGCUUGAGCGAAUACAGGGACAAGAUCCCUGCAGAGGUUGUAAAGGAGAUCGAGGAUGCCAUAUCUGACCUCAGACAGGCAUCUGCAGGAGAUAAUGUGGACGAGAUCAAGGCCAAGCUUGAUAUUGCAAACAAGGCGAUCUCUAAGAUUGGUCAAAAUAUGGCUGGCGGUUCAGGCGGUGACUCUUCUUCUUCAUCAGACGGUGGUGCCAAAGGUGGUGAGCAACCUCCAGAAGCUGAAUACGAAGAGGUGAAGAAAUAGAGCUGCAAUGUUGUGCUCGACUCGUAUGUGACGUGAUACUUACGUUUUCAAGAGUGAGUGAAUCAUAAUAAUUCUGAGUUUCUUGGAUACUACCUAAAAAAUUGUUGACCUUGUUUUUUUAUUCAAGCUCUCUACUAUGUUAGGUUAGGUUCCAUUUAAACACUGCGCAGAGAGGUCUUAGGUUUUUCUUCUUCUUACUUUUGAUUUUGCGGAUGCUAUUAAAACUUCCAAAGGGCGUAAAUAUGUUUAAAUUGGUAACUCAAAAGGGAAUGAAUGUUAAAUAGUUUAUUUUGGCCAAGCCUAUCUGACC